UAAAAUCUAUUUUUUUGUAGUACUACUAGCGCCAUCUCUUCGGAAUUCUACCUGAACUAACCGUAUUUUCAGCACGCUUUUAUUAGUUCCAAUUUUCUACCGCUAGAUGGCGGCACAUGGGAUAGGAACUCUUAGGCUAAUUAGGAUUAGACCGAGAAUUGAUAAUAAUUUGGUAGUCAAAACAAUUUACAAUUAAUUAGUUUUGGACUUUAUUGUGUUUCGACUCAUAUUACAGUAAAUUAAGCUAAUAGAAUCAACUAGAGUAAUUGAAUUCUAUCGAAACGAUACACGUGGCGCCUCUAGCGGCAGCGCGAGGAACUAAUGAAACUAGAGUUUCAAAAGUGUGUAGUUCACCCCGUUCGCCGGAGAGAUGGCGCCACUUGUUCAAUUAUUUUUUUUUUAAUUUAAUUAUUAUUGAUUUUAUUGAUUAAUAGGCUAUAUAUUUAUUAAUAUCGAUACUACGCUAAUUGGAAUAUAUUCUAUAGGUCCAAAGUUACGAAUUAUAUGUUCAAAACAAUUUGUACGUUAUAGUGUAUCUCGUCGAUGAUACAGGGAACGACACAGAAAUCACCCAACUUGUUAUUCUAAAUAAUUUACCGAAAUUUUAUCAUUUAUCGAUGUAGGAAAUUCCUUUUUCAAAUUAUAUCAGUUGUUAAAUUAUCGUUCAAGUGGAUACCGUAUAAGUUUCAUGCCUUUAAUUUUGUGAUAACGAUUGAAAUUAUGAUUAUCAUAUCGAUAAUCAGAUGUCAGAAAUUUUGUACGCGUGCAAAUUGGGUUGCAUACAGAUAGGAGUAGGAGAAUAAUUAAAACUUAAUUGCUGAAGUAAAUAAAUGUCUAUAUUAAGUAAAUUCUUUCUUAUAUUAUUAUUGAUUUUCAUAAAAUCCAUGUAACAGAAUAUUAUGUAUUUAUUAAGCAAAAUUACUUUAAUAAUUAUAGUUAUAUAAUAUACUUUACACGUACCAGAUGUUGAAGCAGUCACGUGUAAAUUUAACUCACGAGGGCACAUAACUAUAUAUAUACUCAAAAAAUGCCAGCUAUGAGUAAAAAUAUCAUUUAUUAAAAUAUUCGUAUCAUUAAAACCAUUACAAAUCAUUGUCUUUAUUGUUAAGUACAUAUAACAGAGCAUUUUAUAUUACAAAUAAUAAAUUUUUAUAAAUAAAAGUAUUCUAGAGAUGAACGUAAUUUUUACCUACCUUUCUUCGUUUCAUGCUACAAGCUAGGCUACUAAGAUCUAUGUUGAUAGAACAGUUCCCAGUCGACCGUAUUAUACACGCUACAAAAGCUGAAACGAUCAGGUGCUUGACCAUCUGCUACGUAGGCAGCAAAUAAUGCGGUGGGGUUUAACUCAUAAAAGAUAGCGACGGUACAGAUCACUGCUCAAAAGAUCUGCAGCUGCAGCACGUGCGCGUACACGCGUUGCCUCACGUUUUCUUUAUCUAAAGUAAUUUGAAUUGUUACAAAAAUGUUUAAUAUUAAAAUGGUUUUUAACAUUUUCUGUAUCAUUCUCCUAACUACAGUGAAUGGUAAUACGAUUUACAAGAAACACCCUUCAUCGGGGUCGACCGAUUUCGAUGUCUUAAUUUUCACUCAACGUUGGCCACCGACCGUUUGUUACACGUGGAAAGAGAGUUCCGCAUCACAUACCUGUUCGUUUCCAAAGGAGAAGGAUGAGUGGACUAUUCACGGUAUUUGGCCUUCUCAAUUGCACAAAAUGGGGCCACAGUUUUGCAACAAGUCUUUAUCGUUUAACAUGACCGCGUUGAAACCGUUGGAAUCGCAACUCCAAGAAAAAUGGAUAGAUAUAGAAUACGGAAGGGAGUCUUCCUCGCUCUGGCAACACGAAUGGAAUAAACAUGGAACUUGCGCGAUUGUAAUAGAAGAGUUAAAUACCGAAUUUAAAUACUUCAAAAAAGGUCUUAAUUUAUUAGCGAAAUACGAUAUGAAGGACGUAUUGGCAAAAUCGAAUAUUCUACUUGGAGAAGCAUACUCUAUAGAAAAUAUUCGCAAUGCUAUUGAAAAAAUUUUAGGUAAACGAGCCGCGAUAAUGUGUCGGAAGAACAAAACUACGGGUGAAUCGUACAUAUUUGAGAUACGAAUAUGUUUCGACAAGAUGCUACAACUAGUUGAUUGUGACGGUAUCUACGAGUAUCCUACGGACUGCGAUACUUCUUUAAAGGUAAUAUAUCCCGGUGAAGUACCACAUCGAUAUAACGCGAUACAAGUGUAAUUGAUAUAUAAAAAAAAACACUGUGUAAAUAAAAUACAGACGAAAUUAUGAGACACGCGACGAAUAAAAGAAGACGAUGUAAUGUUGAAAAUUAAAAACAAACUGCAAUUA